AUGCCUCUGAGCAGCGCCUUCAGUGCUGUGGGCAAUGACCCUGGGCUCAUCACCUGGAGAAUAGAGAAAAUGGAGCUGGCACUGGUGCCCCUGAGUGCCCACGGCAACUUCUAUGAGGGGGACUGCUACGUUGUCCUGUCGACCCGGAAAGCGGGCGGCCGCCUCUCCCAGGACAUUCACUUCUGGAUCGGGAAGGACUCCUCCCAGGACGAGCAGAGCUGUGCUGCCAUCUACACCACGCAGCUGGACGACUACCUCGGGGGCAGCCCUGUACAGCACCGGGAGGUCCAGUUCCACGAGUCCGACACCUUCCGAGGCUACUUCAAGCAGGGAAUCAUCUACAAAAAGGGUGGUGUGGCUUCUGGGAUGAAGCACGUGGAGACCAACACCUAUGACGUGGAGCGGCUGCUACACGUGAAGGGGAAGAGGAACAUCAGGGCCACUGAGGUGGAGAUGUGCUGGGACAGUUUUAACCGAGGGGAUGUCUUCCUGCUGGACCUGGGACAAGUCAUCAUCCAGUGGAAUGGGCCGGAGAGCAACAGCAGGGAACGCCUGAAGGCUAUGCUUCUGGCUAAGGAUAUUCGGGACAGGGAGCGAGGGGGCCGUGCUGAAAUCGGAGUGGUCGAGGGAGACAAGGAGGCAGCGAGUCCAGAGCUGAUGAAGGUCCUUCAGGACACCCUGGGUCGCCGUUCCGCCAUCAGGCCUGCCGUCCCCGACGAGAGCCCGGGCCAGCAGCAGAAAGCAAAUAUCAUGCUGUAUCACGUGUCAGACUCGGCCGGGAAGCUGGAAGUCACAGAGAUAGCCCAAAGGCCUCUGGUCCAGGAAUUACUGAAUCAUGAUGACUGCUACAUCCUGGACCAAAGCGGCACCAAGAUCUAUGUGUGGAAAGGAAGAGGAGCCACAAAGCAGGAGAAACAGGCCGCCAUGGGGAACGCCCUGAGCUUCAUCGGGAUGAAGGGCUACCCGGGCAGCACCAACGUGGAGACUGUCAACGACGGCGCAGAGUCAGCCAUGUUCAAGCAGUUGUUCCAGAACUGGUCAGUAAAGAACCAAAGCACAGGGCUGGGGAAGAUAUUCAACAUUGGGAAAAUUGCUAAAGUUUCCCAAGAGAAGUUUGAUGUGACCCUGCUGCACUCCAAGCCGGAGGUGGCGGCCCAGGAGAGAAUGGUGGACAACGGCCAUGGAAAGGUGGAGGUCUGGAGGAUUGAAAACCUGGAGCUGGUCCCUGUGGAGCACCAGUGGCACGGCUUCUUCUAUGGGGGAGACUGCUACCUGGUUCUCUACACAUACGAGGUGAACGGCAAGCUGCACUACAUCUUGUACAUCUGGCAGGGCCGCCACGCCUCCCAGGACGAACUGGCAGCCUCAGCGUACCAGGCUGUGGAGGUGGACCGGCAGUUUGACGGGGCCCCGGUACAGGUUCGGGUCGCCAUGGGGAAGGAGCCUCGCCACUUCAUGGCCAUCUUCAAAGGGAAGUUGGUCAUCUUCGAGGGAGGAACAUCCAGGAAGGGAGAUGCCGAGCCUGAACCCCCCGUAAGACUCUUCCAGAUUCAAGGAAAUAACAGCUCGAAUACCAAAGCAGUGGAGGUGCCGGCCCUCUCGUCAUCCCUCAACUCCAAUGAUGUCUUCCUGCUGCAGACCCAGACACAGCACUUCCUGUGGUAUGGCAAGGGCUCCAGCGGGGACGAGCGAACGAUGGCCAAGGAGCUGGCUGUGCUGCUCUGUGACGGCACAGAGGACACCAUAGCUGAGGGCCAGGAGUCCCCCGAGUUCUGGGACCUGCUGGGCGGGAAAGCGCCCUAUGCCAAUGACAAAAGACUGCAGCAGGAAAUCGAUGUCCAGGCCCGACUCUUUGAAUGCUCCAACAAAACUGGCCGCUUCCUGGUCACUGAGAUCACAGACUUCACCCAGGAUGACCUAAACCCGGGCGAUGUGAUGCUCCUGGACACCUGGGACCAGGUAUUCCUGUGGGUCGGGGCUGAGGCGAAUGCCAAGGAGAAGGAAGGAGCUCUCCAGACGGCCCAGGAGUACCUGCGCACCCACCCUGGCGACCGAGACACCGGCACGCCCAUCCUAAUCAUCAAACAGGGGUUCGAGCCUCCCACCUUCACAGGCUGGUUCUUGGCUUGGGACGCUCAUAUCUGGAGUGAAGGGAAAUCAUAUGAACAGCUAAAGGCAGAGCUGGGCGACGCUGCAGCCAUCCAGAGGAUCACCACGGACAUGAAGAAUGCCACCCUCUCCCUGAACACUGACGAUGGAGAGCCAAAAUAUUACCCACUAGAAGUUCUGCUGAAAAAACAAAACCAGGAGCUGCCAGAAGGUAUAAAUCCUGCAAAAAAGGAGAAUUAUCUCUCUGAACAGGACUUUGUUUCUGUAUUUGGCAUCACAAGAGGGCAAUUUGCUGCUCUGCCUGGCUGGAAGCAACUGCAAAUUAAGAAAGAAAAGGGGCUUUUCUAA